AUGUCUAGUGCUCCUGCCGAGUCGUCUGAAGUAUCCGAUCGCAAAAUAGUGCUGAUUUGGCAGUUAAAGCUGUCAGCUUGUCUGGCAGGCGUUGUCGUAUCGGCAUAUGGAGCAUACGUGGUAAUCAGCUCAGGAUUCCAGUUGGACAAAUGUAGAAGAAAGUUUUCCUUACACUGGAAUGGAUUGUUAUAUGGCAACUCGCUUCCUGUACGAGUUUCUGCCCUACUAAAUUCGCAGUAUAACGUAUGUCUGCAACCUGAUGUUUUGCGCAGCCUAUCUACUUAUUUCAUCAAAUUCGAUCUAACGAAGGAGAAUGGUUUCAGGAGAAGCGACGCUCUUAUGUUUCUAGAAACAGUGGAAAUAGCUACUGAUGACCCUAUAGUCGAUAGAUUUAUAGCAGCCGGUGUGGGGGAGUCACGGGAACAUCGCAUGGUCAGCGGUUGCUCUUUGCAGGAGUUCGCUGAACUUUUAGAGGCCUUAGUCUUGGAUAGUCGUAUGAAAGGUGAUGACCAGCUGGAGAUCAAAAUUAAGCAGCAGCUUGAAGAGGUAAAUGGCGAAGCAGCUUCUGAUGCUGGUCAGCCGUUAAAGGAGUUUCGUCUAAACAACCCCUUUCUCUUGAACAAAGCCAAAUCUUUGUCGAAAGAGUUGCACAAACAUAUGCAAGAAGAUUUCAAAGUGUCUGAAAUUACGGACAUACAGCAUGAGUUGCAGCGCAACUAUAAUUUCAGAGACAAACUGCAACGUAUAGGCACCUCAAGAAAACUCACAGAUGCUGAGGUCCGUCGGCUAGAGAACGUCAAUCAAGAGAUAUACCUGCUAGAAGAGGAACUGUCCAAGCAAAAACACGUCUGCAACCUUGUGUCCUCGAAGUGA